CUCCGCGAGCUCGGCGUGUGGCGCUCGCUGCUGCGGCUGCGGGCCACUCGGGCGGGCGGCCCCGGGGAGCCCGGCGUCCGGGGCCUCCUGGCGUCACUCUUUGCCUUCAAGUCUUUCCGGGAGAACUGGCAGAGGGCUUGGGUUCGAGCCCUGAACGAGCAGGCCUGCCGGGAUGGGAGCUCCAUCCAAAUUGCUUUUGAGGAGGUGCCCCAAUUCCCACCCAGAGCCAACAUUAGUCAUGUGACCUGCAUUGACCAAUCAGAGCGCACCAUGGUGCUGCACUGCCAGAUCUCUGCCGAGGAGGUGCGCUUCCCAGUCUCUGUGACCCAGCAGUCCCCUGCUGCCGUCUCCAUGGAGACCUACCACGUCACUCUGACACUGCCACCAACACAGUUGGAAGUCAGCCUGGAGGAAAUCCCUGAUGAGGGGUUGCUUGUGUCCUGGGUCUUCACUGAUCGCCCAGAUCUCAGCCUAAAGGUGCUUCCCAAGCUGCAGGUCAGGGAGAGAGGUGAGGAGCAAGUAGAGCUCUCAACAAUUGAGGAACUGAUCAAAGAUACCAUAGUAAGCACCCAGCCAGCCAUGAUGGUUAACCUCAGAGCCUGCUCUGCCCCAGGAGGCCUGGUACCUAGUGAGAAGUCACCUAUGGUGCCCCUGGCCCAGCCAGCCAUCCCCAGACCUACCCGGUUAUUCCUUCGGCAGCUUCGAGCAUCUCACCUGGGAAGUCAGCUGGGAGGCACUGAGGAAGUGUGCUGUGUAGCUGAACUGGACAACCCCGUGCAACAGAAAUGGACCAAGCCCACGAGGGCUGGUCCUGAGGUGGAAUGGACAGAAGACCUGGCACUGGAUCUGGGCCCCCAGAGCCGGGAGCUAACUCUCAAAAUGCUAAGGAGCAGUAGUGGUGGAGACACUGAGCUCCUUGGCCAAGUCACACUGCCUGUGGGCUCCCCCUCCAGACCACUGUCUCGAAGACAGGUGUGCCCACUCACUCCAGGGCCAGGGAAAGUCCUGGGCCCCGCAGCCACCAUGGCAGUAGAGCUGCAGUACGAGGAGGGCUCCCCCCGGAACCUGGGCACAUCCACUCCCUCCACCCCGCGUCCCAGCAUCACACCUACUAAGAAGAUUGAAUUGGAUCGGACCAUCAUGCCUGACGGCACCAUUGUCACCACCGUCACCACAGUCCAGUCCCGGCCCCGUGUAGAUGGCAAAUUAGACUCCCCCUCCCGCUCCCCGUCCAAGGUGGAGGUGACUGAGAAGAUGACAACUGUGCUGAGUGAGAGCAGCGGCCCCAGAAGUGCCUCCCACAGCAGCAGCCGGGAGAGCCACCUUUCCAAUGGCUUGGACCCAGUAGCAGAGACAGCGAUUCGCCAGCUGACUGAGCCCAGUGGGCGGGCAGCCAAGAAGACGCCCACCAAGCGCAGCACUCUCAUCAUCUCUGGUGUUUCCAAGGUGCCCGUUGCUCAGGACGAGCUGGCACUAUCCCUGGGCUAUGCAGCAUCGUUGGAAGCCUCGAUGCAGGACGAUGCAGGCUCCAGCGGAGGCCCCUCCUCACCUCCCUCAGACCCUCCAGCCAUGUCCCCAGGACCCCUAGACGCCCUCUCCAGUCCCACAAGUGUCCAGGAAGCAGAUGAGACAACGCGUUCAGACAUUUCUGAAAGGCCAUCCGUGGAUGAUGUUGAAUCAGAAACAGGGUCUACUGGUGCCCUGGAGACCCGCAGCCUCAAGGAUCACAAAGUGAGUUUCCUGCGCAGUGGCACUAAACUCAUCUUCCGCCGGAGGCCUCGACAGAAGGAAGCUGGACUGAGCCAAUCACACGACGACCUCUCCAACACCACGGCCACACCCAGCGUCCGCAAGAAGGCUGGCAGCUUUUCUCGCCGCCUUAUCAAGCGUUUUUCCUUCAAGUCCAAACCCAAGGCCAAUGGCAACCCCAGCCCCCAGCUCUGAGGUCCUCCUCACCUCCAGAGCUCCGAGAGGGCACGAGACCUGUCAGACCAUUCCCUCCAUCCUUCCUCUGUACCCCUUCCUGGAUUCCCGACGUGGGGGCCUGGAAAGCCCUAGGGUUCUAGGAAGCCCCAUGCACCCUGGGCUGGGGCCCAGCUGGAUGGGUAUUUGCCAUGGGAAGGUUCUGAGAGACGGACGGCUCUUGGAAGCAGAGGAGAGAGUUGACAUCUGGGCGGAGAGGUGGGCUCUGUCCCGGCAUUCCUCAGAAGCAUCUGCCGUCUGCUGACACCCGCCCCAAGAGGAGUCCCAGGGUGCUCAGCUCCUCAGCAAAUUUUCUCCCUUAUUUAUUCUCUUUUCUAUUUAUAUGUGUGGUCUAGGGCUCUCAGCAAACAGAUGGCAGAGAGUGUCUCUCCUAGGAGACCCUUCUUUUCUCUGUCCCUGAAGAGCAGGAAUUCCCAGGAGGCGGUCCCCUCUCAGACCACUCAGCACCACUGUCUGCCUCCGAGGACCUCAGUGACCCAUAGGAAGUCGGGCCAGUGCCCGGGAUGGGGGGGCAGGUACUCCCCACCUUCCUGCCUCCCUACUGCUCCUCAUCCCUCCGUCCCCCUUUAUUACCAUUUUGUACUCGAUGCCUUCUCCACGAGCAGUGGCUCAGUGAGGAGGGGAGCCAGGAGCUUGUAAGGAAGCCUGCCCUGAAAAGAUGGCACGAGGGACUUGAUGUGGCUCUGAGGGGAGGGAGAGGAGCAAGGCUGCGCCUCUGAGGGCCGGGGCUGAUGAUGUCCAUUGCUGUGUGAUGGUUUGGAAUUUAAUUUAUUAAAUUAAAGUGAAAUUGGAGUU